AUGGAAGCACAGGCAAGGCAUGGAACUCGUGCCCCUACAAAGAAAAGGAUGCGGGAAUUAGAAUCUUUAGAGGCCCACUUGGAGGUCCUUCUACAAGAUGCAAAAGAACUGAAAUUGCCUUUGCAGAAAGUUCCUGCCUGGUUAUGGAAAUGGGAAUCUCCUUGGAGAGGUAAGCAUAAAGGUGGAGAAAUUACUAGUGAAGGAGAAGCUGAACUUUUUAAUCUUGGGAUCAGAAGCAGAGAAAGAUUUCCUGAACUGUUUAAUGAGGAUUACCACCCAGAUGUAUAUCUCAUAAAAACCACCCAGGUCCCUCGGGCAUCAGCUAGUGCCGUGGCAUUUGGCAUGGGGCUUUUUAGUGGGAAAGGAAAUCUUGGACCACAACAUCAUCGAGCUUUUGCAGUUACAAGUGAAAGUCGUGCAAGUGAUAUAAUGCUGAGAUUUCAUGAUUGUUGCCAAAAUUACAAGGCUGAAGCUUCAUCCUUUUGCUUCCCAAUUGACUCCCUUGUAGAAGAAAAGAGUCAGCGAAAGCCUUAA